CUGCGUUCCGGGCGCGGAGCGGCGCCGGCGGAGCGGCCGGGAUGGAGGCCGUGCCCCGCAUGCCCAUGAUCUGGCUGGACCUCAAGGAGGCCGGGGAGUUCGGCUUCAACCAGGCCGUGAAGAAGGUUGCUUUUCAUUGGGAUCGCUCAGCCCUGUUCAGUAAAGCCAAAGUACCAGAUGUCAAUGGUCAAGAGACCCAACCAGAUCAAACGUACUGUCAGAGAGGAGCAAAUGGGAGACGUACUGACCUUCAAGGGGAACUGUCCCACCAGCAAAUGGGCUAAAGUCCCAAGUGAUGCAAAGAGAUGAUUCCAAAGGAGUUUGUUCUGAAGAACUAUGGCGAGAAUCCCGAGAGCUACAAUGAAGAGCUGAAGAAACUUGAAGUGCUCCGGCAGAACGCCGUGAGCGUGCCCAGGGACUUUGAGGGCUGCAGCAUCCUGCGGAAGUACUUUGGCCAGCUUCACUACCUGCAGAGCCGCGUCCCCAUGGGCGCGGAGCACGAGGCGGCUGUCCCCGUCACGUGGACGGAGAUCUUCUCUGGCAAGGCGGUUACCCACGAGGACAUCAAGUAUGAGCAGGCGUGCAUCCUCUAUAACCUCGGGGCGUUGCAUUCCAUGCUGGGCGCCAUGGACAAGAGAGUCUCCGAGGAGGGUAUGAAGGUUUCCUGCACCCAUUUCCAGUGCGCGGCCGGGGCUUUCACCUACCUGCGGGAUAACUUCCCUCACUCGUACAGCGUGGACAUGAGUCACCAGAUCCUUAACCUCAACAUCAACCUCAUGCUGGGCCAAGCUCAGGAGUGUCUCUUGGAGAAGUCGAUGCUGGACAACAGGAAGAGUUUCCUCGUGGCCAGGAUCAGCGCCCAGGUAGUGGACUACUACAAAGAGGCCUGCCGGGCUUUGGAGAACUCGGACACAGCCUCGCUGCUGGGGAAGAUUCAGAAGGACUGGAAGAAGCUGGUGCAGAUGAAGAUCUACUAUUUUGCUGCUAUCGCUCAUUUGCAUAUGGGAAAACAGGCUGAGGAGCAGCAGAAGUUUGGAGAACGAGUUGUCUACUUCCAGAGCGCUCUGGACAAACUCAACGAAGCUAUCAAACUGGCAAAGGGUCAGCCUGAAACGGUGCAGGAAGCCCUGCGAUUCACCCUGGAUGUGAUCGGGGGAAAGUACAAUUCGGCCAAGAAGGACAAUGACUUCAUCUACCACGAAGCUGUCCCUGCGCUGGACACCCUGCAGUCAGUGAAAGGUGCCACCCUGGUGAAGGCCCUUCCCGUCAACCCCACCGACCCAGCGGUCACGGGCCCAGAUAUCUUUGCCAAGCUGGUGCCAAUGGCCGCCCAUGAGGCAUCUUCGCUGUACAGUGAGGAGAAGGCCAAGCUGCUGAGAGAAGUGAUGGCGAAGAUCGAGGCCAAGAACGAAGUCCUGGACCAGUUCAUGGACUCCAUGCAGCUGGACCCCGAGACGGUGGAUAACCUGGACAUGUACAACCACAUCCCCCCCAUCCUGAUGGAGAAAUGCGCCGCGCUCAGCGUGCGGCCAGACACUGUGAAGAACCUGGUUCAGUCCAUGCAGGUGCUUUCGGGAGUCUUCACAGACGUGGAGGCCUCUCUGAAAGAGAUCCGAGACCUCCUGGAUGACGACGAGCUGCAGGAGCAGAAGCUGCAGGAGCUGCUUGGCAAGCCGGCUUCUCCUCCUAGCCCUUCCCCGGGGCUGGCUGAGGUCAGCAGAGAGUGGGCCAAGUACAUGGAGGUGCACGAGAAGGCCAGUUUCACCAACACGGAGCUGCACAAAGCCAUGAACCUGCACAUCAGCAACCUGCGCCUGCUGAGCGGCCCCUUGGAGCAGGUGCGGGCCGCCUUGCCCUCGCCGGCCCUGACGGAAGACGACAAGCAGGUGCUGCAGAACUUGAAGCGGAUCCUGUCCAAAGUGCAGGAGAUGAAGGACCAGCGGAUGUCCUUGGAGCAGCAGCUCCGUGAGAUGAUCCAGAAGGACGACAUCACCACCUCCUUAGUGACGACCGACCGCUCGGAGAUGAGGAAGCUCUUCGAAGAGCAGCUGAAGAAGUACGACCAGAUCAAGGUGUAUCUGGAGCAGAACCUGGCGGCCCAGGAGAACGUCCUGAAGGCCUUGACGGACGCCAACGUCAAGUAUGCGGCGGUGCGGAAGGUCUUGGCCGAGGUGGAGCACAAGUGGAACACCACGCUGCAGACACUGGUGGCCUCCUACGAAGCCUACGAAGACCUGAUGAAGAAGUCUCAGGAGGGGAAAGAUUUCUACGCGGAUCUGGAGAGCAAAGCAGCCAAGCUCCUGGAGAAGGCUCGAGCAGCCUGCCAAGCGUCUGAAGCAAGCCGGCAGCAGGUCCUGGAAAGAGAAAUGAAGAAGAAGCCGCCUCCGAGGCCCACUGCUCCCAAGCCGGCCCUGCAGAAGAAGGCCUCUGAGCGGGACCUGGAGCUUGCGGCCGGCCUGGAUGGAGCAGACCUGCAGCAGCUGGGCUCCCUCUCUCUGGCCGACCUGCCGGAAGAGCUCCGGAGCUUGCCCCCUGACGUGCUGGCAGCGCAUCUCACCAGGCUGCCUGCGGACGCCCUGGCUGCCUUCUCCAUCAACCCAGCCUUCAGCAGCGCUGGCAUGAGGCCCCCAGGCCCGGAGGCUUUCCCGGCUGGCGCCCGGGCAGCCAAUGCUCCGAUACAGCCGCCGAUGGCAGCCCAGCCUGGCGUUCCCUUUAACCCUGCUCAGUUCAGUGCUUCGGCGCCUCUGCCGGGACACUACUUCCCCGCCCGGCUGGCGACCCCCCCGCACGGUGCCCCUGGGAGCCCUCUGCAGGGCCCCUUCCCCCCACAGACCUACAGCGGGCCCCUGGUGCUGCCGUCCCAGGGGAUGCAGCCCCACAGGCCUCCAAGUUCUGCCCUGUCGCCCAGCCCUCAGCUCUACCCGGCUGGCACCCUGCAGAGAGGCCCUGGGCACCCCAGCCCUGGCCCUGCCCCCAUUCAGCCCGGCUAUGCAGGCCCUCAGGUGCCUCCCCAGAGAUCCUCCCCCCAGCACGUGCCCAUGCCUGGCUCUGCUCCAGCUCCCAUCACCCCCAGUGCCACCUACAGGAUGGGGCAGCCGGUCUCCUCCUGCGGGGCUCUGCCAGGCGGGUUCCCCACAGCCAUGGCCCCGCCCCAGCCCCCCCGGUUCAGUGGCCAGGCCCCCGGAGGGAGCGACGGCCCUCCUCACCCCCUUGGGCUCCGCCCGGCCACCACAACCGUCGACAGCAUCCAGGCGCCCAUUUCCAGCUACACCGCACCCAGGGCCAUGGGCGGGCACAUGCCCCCGCGGCUCACCAGCCAGCCGCCAGGGCUCCCUCCUCAGGGCGGCUUCCUUGGCCCGCCCACCCAGUUCCCCUAUGGCCAAGGCGGCGUCCAGCCGUUCGGCCAGCAGCCCCCGUUCCCAGCGGGGCCGCCCGCUCCCAGCUUCCCCCAGCAGCAGUACCCACCUCAGGCCCAGCUCCAGCCGCUGCCCGUGUACCGGCCGCAGGCCCAGUUCCCUGGCCAGCGUUCGGGGCUGGCCCAUGCUUCUCCCAGCCAUGGCCAGAUCCAUGCCCAGCUGAGAACACAGCUCUACCCGCUUCCUUCCCAGGACAGCGCCCCUUCCUCCUUCCCUGCAACGAUGCCCCGCGGGCCUCUCCCCCUGGCUCAGAGCCUCCCAGGCGCUAUGGUGGGCCCGGCUCAGCAGCUCCACCCUCACCCCUCGCUUGCCGGCCUGCAGCCCAUGCCAGCCGGCUCCUCCGCCCAAGUGGUCUCUGCGAUGCCCUAUUGUCCCGCCCCUUCUGCCUGCCAUCCGGGGCCCCCUACGAACCAGCUGCCGCCUGGCUCUGCCGUGCCACUGGCUGGUCCCCAGCCCCCAGCUUCGAGUCAGUCCGGCCCUCACCAUGUCCCGCCUUCCCCCAGUCCCGCUCUGAGCCAGAUGCCAGGCGGCGUUAUCGUCCCGGGUCCUGCCAUCCCUUCACCGGCACCAUCCCCCCAGCCAUCCCUGGCUAUCCAGCCUCCAGCCAUCUUGCCUUCCUCAGUGCCCGGCGCCCCUGCCCUGCCCCAGCGACCCCCCCCAUCGCUCACCCCCGGCGCAGCCCCGCUGGCCCAGGGCCCUGCCGAGCUCCAGUUCCACCGGCAGAGCUCUUCCACGGACGAUCUGCUUUCUUCAAGCCCCGAGAGCCAGCACGGGGGCUCCAAGCCGGCGGUGAACCAGCCGCUGCUGCAGCCCACCAAGGCAGAUGCCAAGGAGGGGCAGAAACCCAAGGCGGUUCAGCUGAUCGAGAACGACCCGUACGAGAAGCCCGAGCACAUCAUGAGGCUGCUCUCCGAGCUGGAUCGGUUCCGGGGCGUGGUGGCCAGUCUGGAGAGGCCCGUCCCCAGGAGCAUCCCCGAGCUGGACGGAAUCUGGAAGGAGCUCCAGGAUGCCCAGGAGAGGGAUGCCCGGCAGCUGUCCAUCGCCAUCGCCCGCUGCUACUCCAUGAAAAACCGCCACCAGGACAUCAUGCCCUACGACAAGAACCGCAUCGUUCUGCAGUCGGGCAAGGACGACUACAUCAAUGCCAGCAAGAUAGAGGACCUGUCCUCCUACUGCCCCACCAUCAUCGCCACCCAGGCCCCGCUGGUGGGGACAGCCUCCGACUUCUGGCUGAUGAUCUACGAGCAGAAGGUCUCCCUCAUAGUCAUGCUGGUCUCGGAGCAGGAAAUAGAGAAGCAGAAGGUGGCGCGCUACUUCCCGCAGGAGCGGGGCCAGCCCAUGGUGCAGGGCCCCAUCACCUUGAUCCUCACCAGCCUGAAGGUGGCCCCGACGCACGUGGAGAGGAUGAUCACCCUGCAGUUCCGCGACCAGAGCCUGAAGCGCACCGUCAUCCACCUGCAGUUCACGGCCUGGCCCGAGCUGGGCCUGCCGGACAGCAAGGGGAACCUGCUGCGCUUCAUCCAGGAUGUACACGGGCACUACCUGCACCAGCGCCCCCUGCACACCCCCAUCGUGGUGCACUGCAGCUCUGGGGUGGGGCGCACCGGCGCCUUCUGCCUGAUGUACGCAGCAAUGCAGGAGGUGGAGGCGGGGAACAGCAUCCCUGACCUGGCCCAGCUGGUGAAGCGGAUGCGGCAGCAGAGGAAGCACAUGCUGCAGGAGAAGCUGCACCUCAAGUUCUGCUACGAAGCCGUCCUCAAGCACGCCGAGCAGGUGCUGCAGAGACACGGGGUCACCACGCCGGCUUCCAGCAAGCCCCCCAGCAGUGCUGCCCAGAAGCUGUACUUGCAUCAGGACCCGCAGGACCUGGUGCUGGGUGGGGACAUGCCCAUCAGCUCCAUCCAGGCCACCAUUGCCAAGCUGAGCAUCAAGCCCCCCGGGGGCGGCCCGGAGCCUCCCCCAAACUGGCAGCUGCCCGAGCCAGCAGCAGUGCCCGAAGCCGCGAGCCCAGGGGCGGUUCCUGCAGCACCCGCCAGCGUCGCCCAGCCCAGCCUGACGGAGCAUGUGCCCCCCACCAGUGCUGAGCUGCCCCCCGCCUCCACCAUGCCUGUGCCGUCGCCCGAAGCCGAGAGCAGCAACCAUAUGGAGGAGACCCCCAGCCAGGAGCCUUCAGCCCCAAGCCUGGCUCCUUCCUCUUCCUCGCUGGAGCUCCUGGCGUCGCUGACCCCUGAGGCCUUCUCCUUGGACAGCUCCCUGAGGGGCAAGCCGCGGAUGAACAAGCAGAGCUUCCUGCAGCCCCAGAACGGGGAGGGGCUGCGGGGGCCCCGGCCCAGCGACGACCCCCUCAGCAUGCUGGACCCACUGUGGACACUCAAUAAAACCUGAGCCGGGAGCAUGGGCCCGGCCCGGCUCAGCUCUGGGGACAUGGGCACGCACAGCCCCUCCCUGGCCGAGCCCCCACGGCCCCUGGGGAGCCCCCCCGCCUGCUGGCUGGCACCUGGGGUGUUGGAGCGCAGCCUCUGGGCUGUAGGGAGGGGUGAGAAAUGCACACACAGCACUACAUGCCGGUGCCCCACUCGGCGCCUAGGCCCCCUGGCAGCUAGCCCGGGGUGCCCCCCACAGCAUGGAGAGCCAGCCCCAGCCAGGGCUGCUGCAUCCCAGAGCACCUCCUGGGGGAGGCCUGGCCUUGGUGCAGCAGAGGAGGCCCCUGUCCCUUCUGGCACAGCUGGCCCCACUGUAGCUCCCGCCUUGGGCCAGGAGCCAGCCCUGCAGUGCCCCCUGCUCCCAUUCACAGACCCCCGGGGGCUGGAGCACUGCUCCGUGCUGCGCCCCGGCGGCUCUCCAGGCAGGACCCCUGGGCUCGGAGACAUCGCUGAGGGCUACUGGCCAAGAGCCCCCUGCUGGGACCCGGGGGUCCUGGCACAGCCCUUGCAGGGAGGGCGAGUGAUAUGGGGGGUCCCAGGUGCAGUGAGGCUUGUCCCAGCCUGGGGAGGGAUGUCCGGCUCCCUGCUCCUCCCGGUGCCCAAUUGCCCUUCCCGCUUGCUCCGGCGCUGGGUGGGAGCUGGGCUGCGCUGGCGCCUCCCUCAGCGCUUCUCUCUCCUACCUUCUGCCUCCGUGAUGCCCCCUGGGCUGUGCAGCGUGUGCUGCUGCUGGGACUGGGUGCCCGGGGUUCCACCCUGGGGGCUGGCUGCUGCUGUGGUCGGACAGUUGGGAAGGGCAGGGGGUUGGGCCUGGCGCGCUCAGCCCAGGUAACCUGCAGGUUUAACGCCGCAGGCUGCCCCAGCGUAACCCCAGCCAGGGGCUGCACCCUGCAUGGCCCAAACCCUGCAGUUCUGCUCAGCAGGGCCCCAUGGUCCAUGCAGCUCGGUUUGCUGGCAGCAGGGCUGGGGAGGGUGAAAAUCGGAGCUGUGAGUACGCGGGGAGCUGCCGCAUGCGGUGGGGGGGGGGGGGUCGGCGCACGUGGCAGUAAAUCGGUGAUGGGUCAUUCCUGGUGUCUGAAAUAGCUUUGAUUCUCUGCACCUUGCCCCAAGCUCUGCCACUGGGCAUGACGUUUUCUGGCCGAGGUGCUUGCUAACCAGCUCAGGCUGGAAGCCCCCGAGCUGAGUAGGGGCACAGGCCGUGCAUGGAAGUGGAUUCGGUGUCCGCCCCCUGGGGCUGUCUUACAGAGCCAGCUGCUGUCGCGGUUGGCAGGCACCAUCCAGCUGCUGGGAUCCCAGCUGAGGGGGGGAAAUCCUGGUGCUGCUGGCUUGGGUUCUGUGCAUAGCUUAUGGGAAGGUGCCAGAAGACGGAUGCUCCUGGGAAGGACCCCCCGGGGGGGGGGGGGGCCAGCUGCUGCCCAGGGAGCUGGGCUUGUUCUGUGUUAAGCUAUGGGGCUGGCUGGAACUGGCAGAAGCAGGAGACCCGGUCAGCAUGGCCUUAGCAAGCCCUGGGAGUGGUGCCCAUUACAGCAGGGGGACAGGACCUCAAUUGCUUAGGUCACUCGUUCCCACCUGUGUCUCACCUGCUGGGGCUCUUGGGUGCAUCUACUGUACAGCACCCCCCUCCCCCCAAGGCUUUCAUGCUGGGUC